AUGGGCAUCUAUUUCGCAGAAGCGAUACUACCUCCCAGUGGCAAAGAGAUGGAUAGAAUGUCGAUGAGGCUUAUGAUACUUACUUGUUGCAUUUGCAAAAUCACGUGCUAUGCAUGUUUCCAAUCGGGUAUAGUGCUUACGCUGCAACCGCAUCCCCAACAGUUGAACGUGGGACGUUAUCCCCGCAGGCUAUAA